AUGGGAAGAAGGGCUAAAAAUAAGCAGGGCGUUCCUCCUACAUUGGAUGAAUUCUUGGGAAACAAGGACGCCAAGGCUACAAGAAAGCCUGCUAAAAAAGACAAGAGAAAGAGGGAUGAAGAUGCUGGAUCUGCCAAAUCUAAGAAGUCCAAGCGUAAUGAAAAGCGUCAGCCUGAGGACAUCGAGGAGCACCCUGAGGGCCUCCCUGAGGUUGAUCUUGAAGAAUUGGCCAGUGCCAAAAGAUCUCUUUUUGAUGAUGACGAUGCAGAGGAUGACAACGAUGACAUUCCUGAUGACGAAUUCGAUGUUGGAGAUGAUGAGCUUGUAGACUCUGAUGAGGAAGGAAGAGAACGUCCUAUGUUCUCUGACGAUGAAGAUGAUGAGGAUGACUUGGAGAACUUGAACGCUGCCAACAUGGAGGCAUACUCCAAGGCGUUGGAUGAGGAUGAGGAGUUGGAGGCUGAAGAGGCAGAAUUGGAGUUGGUCCAAGCUCCACAGCCUAGAGCCAAGGUGUUGCCUACUGAGGAGGAAGAGGAGGCAUUGGCUGGUCAGCCAGUGGACAUUACCGCUGUGAGAACCAGAAUGAUUGAAAUUGUCAAGGUUUUGGAGAACUUCAAGGAACUUUCUGAGGAAGGUAAGUCCAGAGCUGAUUACACCACUCGGUUGUUAAGUGACAUUUGCGAAUAUUUCGGCUACUCUGAGUUCUUGGCUGAGAAGUUGUUCAACUUGUUUUCUCCAUCGGAGGCUAUGGAGUUCUUCGAGGCAAACGAAGUGGCUCGUCCAAUUACCAUCAGAACCAACACAUUGAAGACCAGAAGAAGAGACUUGGCCCAGACUUUGGUCAAUAGAGGUGUCAACUUGCAGCCAAUUGGUGCUUGGACCAAGGUUGGUUUGCAAAUUUUCGACUCGCAGGUUCCUAUUGGUGCCACUCCAGAAUACUUGGCUGGUCAGUACAUCUUGCAGGCAGCUUCGUCUUUCUUGCCAGUCAUGGCAUUAGAUCCUAAGGAGAACGAGCGUGUUUUGGACAUGGCUGCGGCUCCCGGAGGUAAGACUACUUACAUCUCUGCAUUGAUGAAGAACACUGGGUGUGUUUUCGCUAACGAUGCUAACAAAGCCAGAACUAAGUCGUUGAUUGCCAACAUCCAGCGUUUGGGAUGUAAGAACACCAUUGUGUGUCACUACGACGCUCGUGAAUUCCCUAAGGUUAUUGGAGGUUUCGACAGAGUCUUGUUGGAUGCUCCAUGUUCCGGUACUGGUGUCAUUGCAAAGGAUGAGUCAGUCAAGGUCAGCCGUACUGAAAAGGAUUUCAUUCAAAUUCCACAUUUGCAAAAGCAGUUGCUUUUAAGUGCCAUUGACUCUGUGGAUGCCAACUCUGCCACUGGAGGUGUCAUUGUCUACUCUACGUGUUCCAUCGCUGUGGACGAGAACGAGGCUGUCGUGGAUUAUGCAUUGAGAAAGAGACCUAACGUCAAACUUGUUGAAACCGGCUUGCAAAUCGGAAAAGAAGGUUUCACUUCCUAUAGAGGAAAGCACUUCAGUGACAAGCUCCUGUUGACCAGACGUUACUAUCCACACACGUAUAAUGUGGACGGUUUCUACGUCGCCAAGUUCAAGAAGAUUGCACCAUCGCCUCACGACAUCACCAAGGCUGGUGCUAAGGAGAAGGAGUCGUUGGCCAGGGCCGAGGCUGAGGAGGAAGGUAUUAUUCAUGACGACUUCGCUGAGUUCGACGAGACUGAAGAUAAGGAGCUCAUCGAGAAGUCUGUCAUUAGAAGCAAGAAGAGAAAGGGUAUCAACCCGAACGCAAAAAAGUAG